CCAGGGCCAACCUGGCAGUCCGAGUCUGUUUGGCGCUCAGAACGACGGCAUCGAUUUAGUCUCGGAUGGACGCUCCGCUGCCAAGCACCGUCAGUCAGGCUUCCGCUGCUCUCUCGCUCUCGCAAUCGCCAUCGUCAUCGCACUAUAUCCAACCGAUCGCGAAGUUCUUCGGCAUUAUGUGCGCCACGUGAUUGCUACAAUCCCUCUCGAAAGCCGUCGCUAUAUCACCAGCGUUAAUUCGGAUUUAGCAAGUGACAUGUGAAGAAUAUAUCUGAUAUGAUCAAUUGAUAUUUAUCCCGAAAUACCCAAAGUGUGUGAAGUUAUAAAAAACUUAAUAGUUAACAUCUAAACAAAAAUAAAAUAGAAAAGUGGAUUUAUUAGGACCUUUAAUUUAUGCAGCUUUGGAAAUUUAAAUUCAUUCUAAGAUGAACCAGCUGUGCAAAGUGUGCGGCGAGCCGGCGGCUGGUUUUCAUUUUGGGGCAUUUACAUGUGAAGGCUGCAAGUCCUUUUUCGGUCGUACCUACAACAACAUCGCGGCGAUAGCAGGAUGCAAGCACAACGGAGACUGUGUGAUCAACAAGAAGAACCGAACGGCCUGCAAGGCGUGCAGGCUGCGCAAGUGCCUCCUCGUGGGGAUGUCCAAGAGUGGUUCCCGCUACGGUCGCAGGUCCAACUGGUUCAAGAUCCACUGCCUGUUGCAGGAGCAGCAGACCACGACGGGCGUCGGAGGAGGGGGAUCAGGCGGCAGUGGGUCAGGUGGCGGAGUGAGCAGCGCGAGUCUGGAGCAACUGGCGCGACUGCAGCAGGCGAGCAACCAGGCGCGGCAGACCUAUCAGGAUAAGACCAAUCCCUGCAUCAAGUCGGCCACCGCCACAUCGCCCAGGAUCGAGGGAGCGGCUGUGGGCACCGGAGUGGGUGGCGCUGCCUCGCCCUCAUUCCUUCAGGCGGCCAAAUUCCACCACCAUCAUCAUCACCAGCGGCAACUGAAGCUCGAAUCUCGCCUCAGCAACACGCCUAGUGAUUCCGGGGCAUCAUCUGCGGAGGAUCCCAAUGAAGAUGGAGCCACCAGCGUACUAAGCGGGCAGAUCACCACACCCUCGUCCAUGAACGCCUCCAGCCUACCCAAGAUGGAUCUGCGGCAUCCGAACUUUCCGGCCACUUCUGAGCCGGAUGCGGAUAUGCAGCGGCAGCGCCACCAGGAGCUGCUCGAGAUCUUUCGGAGUCACUCGGAGCCGCUGUACAGCUCCUUUGCCCCAUUUAGCCACCUGCCGCCAGUACUGCUCGCCGCCGGAGUUCCGCAACUGCCCAUCUUCAAGGAUCAGUUCAAGACUGAGCUGCUGUUUCCAACGGCCGGCAGUCCCGAGCUGGAGGAGCCCAUCGAUUUGUCCUUCAGAUCGCGACCUGAUCCCGCCAGUCCGCUGGCCCACACCUCCAAUAGUCCCACUUUAAGUGAGCCCGCAGCGGCGAGUCACUGUUUGGGGGAAUCCCCGACCUUCGUCCGAAAGUCCACGCCCCUUGAUCUCACCCUGGUGAGAUCACAAACACUGACAGGCUGAGAUCAUCUCGUGACUGCAGAAUUCGUUCGAGUGCCAAAACAAUUUCGAGUACUUUAGUUCUAAGUGUGUACAGAGUAUUUAAUAAACCUUUAAUAAGUCGAUGGGUUUUGAAAAAAGAUUCGAAUUUCGAUUUGAGAACAUAUUGCAGCAGUUUGCUUGGGCCAUUAUGAUAAUUUAAUUCAUUUGAAUUAGAAAUUGACUACGUUGCUUUACAUAUGAGAUGUAGAACACUUCAGACUUCCAUAUUGAGUUUAUUUAGGUGUUAAAAAAAUUUACAAAUUAUAAUAUCAAACAACAAAUAUAUAUGAAGCACAUAAAAAACUCAUCGACUUUUAUAAAAAAUUAGUUUUAUGAAGCAAAAAGAAAUUGAACAGUUUGGUGCCAGUGAAAUUAUGUACAAAUAUCCAUAUUAUAUUUAGUAUUUUAGCUCAAUGACAUUUAAUAAUUUAAAAAUAA